CAUUUUCAGAUGGUAAUAUUCAUGUUCUAAAGCAACAAGACAUUAGUUUAAACAAAAGAAAUACGUAAUAUGAAUGGAAAUAUGUAUGUUUAUUUUACUUCGGAUAUGCACGGAAAUCUUCGGAAGAAGACACACCUCCAAGGUUAGACUGUUGUGUCACGGAGCACGAAGAUUCCUAAAAAAACGUGGAAAAAGUAAAAAUGUUCAGUUCCAAAGAACACCUUGACAAAAAGACGGGUUCAUUUGGAAUUGGACGGUUCAGUUUCUUGCGAUCUUUGAAAGAUGAAUACGAAGAAUGUCGCGAUCUAGAUGCAAGAAAGCAGGUCCUUGCAAAUCUGGCAAACUUUGCCUAUGAUCCAAUCAACUAUGGUUACAUUAGGAGGCUGAAAAUAAUUGAUCUCUUCCUUGGUGCUCUUGAGGAUAACAAUGAAAAGAUAGUGGAGUUCAGUAUAGGUGGUCUUUGUAAUCUUGCCCUUGAUAAAGAGAACAAAGAGUUAAUUCUAGCUGCUGAUGGAGUCCACAAAGUCAUAACAUGCAUGUCAAGCACGAAUCAAGAAACCGUUCUGUCUGCGAUGACCACUCUAACGUUUCUCAUUACCCCACAGUCAAAACAAGAGAUAACAUCCCCUGCAGUUGUGGAGUGUAUGAUGAGGUUUUCAAAGUCCACGAACAAACGUCACAGUAAUCUAGCAACAGUUUUUCUGCAGGAUUAUUGUACAAAGCAACAAUGUGUUCAAGCAUCAGAACUUUUCCAGGAAUCGGGGACAUGAAUUUCAGCAGGAAUGUCAUUGGAAGGAAUACUUGUGGAUUGAAACAGGACAACUAGGCAGUCAAAUGUGGAAACUUCUGAACUGAUAAAGCAAAGUACUUUUUCAUUCUGUGUAUAGAACUGACUAACAACGUUGAUAAAUUGGUAUGCAUUUAGGAUUUCCCAAACUUGUUUGGAUCUCUAUGGAUUGAAAGAAAAUGUGAGGAUAUGUGAAGUUGCAUAUGAUUCUUAUUGCAAUGAUGACAAGUUGUCACAAUGACUUAAAUCAGUGCUUUGAAUAAAAUUAUAGUGUUUAUACAAAUAACUACUGGUAUUCGUAGUUUGUUUCUUGUGGGUAGGUGCAACUUGGAUAUCUAAAGACGGUACAGGUCUGCUUUUGGACAGAUCAGGAAUAGAGGGAUUCUAUUGGUUGGAUUCUAUUUUCUAACACCAAUAUGGUAUCCUUUAAGACUGAUUUUCCAUAAACCAUGCGCUUACAGCAUUUUUCCUUGUUCCGGGGUUUCUAGUGACGCUGCACACAUAAAAUGAACCAUUGGUCAGCUUAUUUGAUGAUCUCAUUGGUUGUACGAGAAAUCAUGCUUUAAUGGAGACAAUGGAAACAACGUGACAAAGGAAGAGCCUAUGGAUACGCAGCCUUAGACCCGAUUUUCAAUCAUUCACAAGCCUUCUUAGUGAUUUGUGACCAGGCCU